AUGGCGCCCGUUCAGACACAAACCAUGACAUCCCACCAGUUCGACAACCCAGUCACAGUCAUCCGAGCCUCCGGACGGAUAUCCAAACCACCAGCGCGCUCCACACGCACACAAAACAAGGCGCUCCUGUCACAUUCGCCACAGAUUCCCACAGCACACCCAGACAUUAACAUCACAUUACUCCGCAACAAGCUGCUCCUGCAAUGCCGGAGAUACCUACCCUCGGACCUCCUUCAUGAAGCACUGGCAGACGGCAUCUACUCCCGUGCCACUCACUGGAUCACGCCGUGCUCGAGCGCUGCGUCCAAAUUUGGCAAGCGGAAGAGGUACUACGUGCUUGACUCGUCGACAUUCACGUUCCAGUCUCUUGGCAGCGCAUGGGAAGCGCGGAUCCUGUCGGGUGGCAGCCAGCCCAUUGACGCUGGCAACGGGGUUGUCAUCUUUGUCAAGGAGAGAAAGGAAUGGGACGCCUUUAUGGCGGGGUACAGAAGGCAAGGCAAACGAGCGGGGCAAUUGAUGAAGCUCAAGCAAAAAGACACAGAGCGAGGGUGGCGAGACGCGUGGAAGCGAAAGUGCGGUAUGGAAGAGGGCGGGGGCAAGGAAGUGAAUGCCGGGCCCAUGUGGGUGCUGGUCAAGAGCGCUGUUGCGAAGAUUGUCAAGGGCGAGGCCUGA